AUGAAGGACUUUCCAUUUGAGGACGAGGUCAAGAAGGAGAUGGAGAACAUUGAGAAGGCGGAGGUUGGGAACCCCAAGACUCCCAUCGCUCGCUCACCCUACCUCAGCGACAAAGUGGUCAACGAGAUCAAUGAGGGCAUCGGGUACAAGUACCAUUCUGCCCUCAUCCUUGACAGCGCUGCUGCCUUCUUUGGCCGCGACAACGUGGGCCUCUGCGGCGUUGCACACUUCUUCAAGGUGCUGGCAGUGAUUGACCGCGCCGACGCAUGGCAAGCUGUGGACUUCCUGAACAAGCGCGGCGGCAAUGUCAAGUUUGGCAAGAUUGCUGCCCCGCCCUCCGAGGAUGAGUGGAGCAAGAAAGGCAAGUCUGAUGUCAAGCUCGCGUUUGAGAAGACUCUGGCGCUGGCCAAGGUGUUUUACAACAACACGCACGAGGCCUACAAGACCGCGAUGAAAGAGAGCGAUGCGCACUCCGCCAUGUUCUUCAAGUGUGCUCUCGAGGAAGUGGGGGCCAAAAUGCGGUGUCUGUCCGACAUGGUGUCCCACCUGAAGACGGUGGAGAAGGACAAGCACGCCAUCAAGAACUUUGACCGCGAGCUGGAGUGCAAGACCUGCUGCAUGGCCAAGGCCGCUGCCAUUGAGGCGGUCAUCCCCAGCAAGCUGCAGAUUGGAACCAUGAAACGGCUGCUGGCCACUGAGACCUUUGCAAUCUCCUGGAAGUUCAUGAGGGACGAUUCUGAGGGCGAGAAGGGGAUGUGCUAG